AUGCGUGCAAACCUCUUCCUCGUGGGCUGCCUGACAGCAGGCUCCGUGGCAGCACCGACUCUCCUAAACGACGUAUACGACUACUCGUCAGAUUUAGCCACCUACCUCGGAAAAGUGAGCAAGUACAUCGAGAGCACGGGAGAAGAGCUCAUCAAGAGCGUCAACUCAUGCGACACAUCCAAAAUCUCCCUCCCGUCAUACGCGUCCAGCCUGCCCUCACCGUCCGGAAUGAGCCCAAUUUAUGUGGCUGUGGGCCGUGGCACCCAGAACUACACCUGUGCCACUUCGACCUCGAGCUCAACACCCCAAGCCAUAGGUGCAGUGGCGCGUCUUUACAAUGCAACCUGCAUCGCGGCCAAUUACCCAGACAUGUUGUCGUUACUCCCAGGUAUAGUGUACAAGGAACAGUUGCCCAGUAACGAGGAGGAACCUCUCCCGCCGGCAAACCUUGAACUCUUGGGUCAUCAUUUCUUUAGAGGUACGACCACACCAGUUUUUAACCUGGAUACUCUGGCGUCUCGGCAGUAUGGGAUUGCGAUCACGAAGAAACAAGACUCGAUCGAUGCUCCGUCGAGUGCUAUUCAGGGUAGCAAUGGGGCUGUCCAAUGGCUGUACCUGACCACUAUCAACGGUACCGUCGGUGAGUAUGAAGCGGUCUAUCGAGUAGACACGGUUGCCGGUUCAGCCCCGAAGACCUGUCAGGGAAUGCAGUCGGUGUUUACUGUGCAGUAUGCGGCCAACUAUUAUUUCUAUGGGGCAUGA